AUGGGCGAGACGAUGAGACGUACAUUUUUCUGGGUAACACCAGGGCAAUUUGAGCGAUCCGUGGCGCGCUUGAAUGGCCUGCGCGUCAAAAGAGGCGCUAAAAACCCAGCAACUACCACGCAGUUAUCCCGAGGCACUCUACAGCUUGCUAACCAAAGACCGGCAACGAGUGCCGCAGCGUAUCGUUCGUCGUCAUGGCCUCUGAGAAGCCCGGAGCCAUCAGAGUCCGAGGUCCGCUUCCUACCCUACGUCAUCGCCUGUCGUCAACCUCUUCCCUCCUUACGCACAACACCGGUACCAUCCACGCAUCCAACUCAUCCAGCCGCUCAACUUAUCUUGACGACUUUGAGAGAGGCGCAACGAGGCUACGCCGACAUGCCAGGGAACUGGAGUGUGAAGUGCCUGGAAGGGCGGGGAAAGCGGCUUGUGGCUCGUGUGGAAACCGUAAAUCCGCUUGUGACAGGAAGGGAGUUUGGGGAGUGGGUCGAAUUGAUUCUGGGCACCAAGGAUGAGGAAUUUUCGCUCCUUCAAGAACUAAGCCCAUUACCGAGCGCCGCGCUCAUGGCGUCAGCGUUCGGAAUGCUGCUGACUUCCAUCCUCACAUUCUUCAAUGCGAUAUUGGCGGCCCCCGUAGUGCUCGUGAAAAAGUCCCUCCACUGGAACACUUUCCUUUCCCUAUCCGUGUUUGAGGGCCUGCUAUCGCUACAAAACCACUGGGACGACCUUCUAUCUUGUCGUGGACCGGAUAUCAUGACGGACAAGAACGAACUUUAG